AUGCUACAUGAAAUACUGCUCUCCUUGUCAGGACACCCGUCGCCACUUCUUAGGAAUGAGGAGUCCACCGCGGGCGGCCAGCCUCUGCUGUCCGCCCCGGAGAGAGAGCUUCUGAAGACGGCCGCUCAUAUAAGUGAGCUUCACUGCAGUCUCAUCCAACAUACAACUCACAUCAGUGCAACCCAUCCCUCGGUAAUUUGCCGAGCCGUUUCGACGGCCGUCAGCUCAGUUCACUUGGCUGCCUUCCAGCGCAAGAUACUGGAAGUCGAGGAUGGCAUUCUCCGCCAAGACGCCGGCCUCGUCGGAGCCUACAACAUAGUUCCCUUGACUGCCGCCUUGGGCGAGUUCACCGGCUGGACUCGCAGGCUCGAGUGGCUCUGGGCCCUGUCGCAAUUCAUGUUGAAGAAGAGAGAUCAUGGGUCGACGUGUCGGGGCGCGGAGCUGAUGAACAAGCUACGAGCUGAACUCCAGACCGGCUAUGCUGACAUUGAAGCAACGUCCUUGUCCUUGAUCCAGGUCGCCGAGACAGCGUGGCUCAAACAAGUCUCUGCUUGGGUUCUCUACGGCCGCCUGCCGGGCUUUGGCGCAGAUGACUUCUUCGUUCAGAAGGAUAGCGAAGAUGAGCAGGACUAUAAGGUUGAUCCCCAAUUGCUACCGUCAUUUGUCAGUGGUGACAUGGCAGCUUCGAUGCUAUUCAUUGGUACAUCGCUACACCGAGUCCGCGACAAAGGCGUCGCCGACCCUACGCUUGGGGCCCUUGGGCAUCUUUCCUCACAAAUCCAAGAGCUUUCAGCUCUCACAUACCCACUAAGCCCUACAGCACUAUCGAGAGCUAUCAUGUCUAUUCGCCUACAUCUAUCUAGAACGGUUCUACAGAAGCUCUUGCCCUUGGAGAAGGUACUCGAGAUGCUACAAGUGCUACGGCAAUUCAUGCUACUCGGCCGUGGCGAGUUCGCCAUGGCUCUAACUCAACAAGCCGACGAGAAGAUCCGUGAUCGAUGGCGCCGAGCAGACAAUCUGGCUUACGAGAAACGGGACGGUCUUGGUACGAUCAAUAUCAAGGAAGGUGAGGUAGCUGCGGUGCUUGCUCGGACCUGGGUCGCUCUAGGAUCUAUGCAAAGUCAACACGCAGGGGAAGACGAAGAGCUCGAACUAGCCAGGGAGCUUCUACAGUUAAACCUCUCCAAGUCGAAAGCAUCAACAGGAUUGUCUUUGGGCAAAGUGGUGGCCACCCCUUUCCGAAACCUCCUGCUGUCAGUACCUGUCGAUAUGACAGUCCGGAUCUAUUCACCCCUAGACCUAUUCCUAAGCAGAUCCGAUAUGCAAACAUAUACCUCGAUAAACUCAUACCUACUAUCAAUACGUCGCGCACACCUUCGGCUCACCGACCUGUGGAAAGUGACCCGGCUUCGCCGCCACCAUUUGGCGCCCCCGAGGCCGCCGUUCAGCAGCACGCAAGGCGGCAUAGCGAAAACCAAGGAACUUCGGAAACGCUGGUCCACGCGGGCGACCAACAUGCGUAGCGCAUGGACCACAAGCAGCGCAUCGAUCUUCUUCCUUGCUGAAAUAGAGGCGUACCUUCAGGUUGAAGUCGUCGAAGGUCUCUGGGACGACUUCCAGUCCUGGUUGACAGGCAAAAGGGAGGAAACAAGGCCCGGAAGUGAGAGUUUAGCUACAUAUGAUGAGGCAUUGACGAGGCCAACAGUCGCCAAUCAUGAUCCUCAGUCUCUAUCUAUAGCCCAUCAACAGUACUUGCAAGCUCUGGUUCGCCGCCUUUUGCUGACACAAGCCAAAUUCACCGAGCCGCUAUACAACUUACUCAUCCAAACGGAUCAUCUCGUUGCCCUCAUUUACCGGCUGGAUGGUAUUUGGACGUCCAUGGACCUUGAAGCCGACGAAGGCGUCGUCGACGCCUUUUCGAACCUAGAGGCCGAAGAGUCCGACGUCCAAUCUCAUCUCCGCGAAGUGGAGAGCAAGGUCAAGAAGGAAGUCGAAGAAGUCGUCCGGGUCCUCCGGGAUCUGAGCAUGGAUUCCGAAUUCCUGGCCGAGAUGGAGGACGAGGAUCCAGCAGGCGACAGCCGGGAGAUCAUGAUCGACGAGGGUGAGGGACGAUUUAAACCCAAGCGGAUCGGCGGAGUGGAUCGGCUGUUGAUGAAAUUGGAUUUCGGUCGCUGGUUCGAUGCGAAAGAGUGA